AUCGGGGCAGCCUGUGACGUGAAUUUCCCUGCGCGAAAAUUCGAUACCUAAUUUUAAUCCGAUAAUAACUCUGUGAGACAUUAUUUUUAAGAAUUAACUCUGUGCUAUGGUAUUUCCGAACGAAAGCUCUGUACUUUUUAAAUUUGGAACGAUUACUUUUUUUCGUGGGAAGGUCUGUGAAUGAAGGCAUUCAGCUUGCCAGCCAGCGUGUGUGGAUUUUACGGACGUGUUAAACUUGACAGUUCUUUUGUGUCCUAUUAAUUAUAUACAGAGCUCGUACCAUGAAGAGUAGUCGCUGCGGAUUUUUUCUCUAUGACGAAGGAAUUGAUUGGGUGCACGGCUACGAUGAAAUGAAAAUGGAGCUACAAAACUAGAACAACCUCGAGCUUUUUCUGCUUAAGCAAAAAAAAUGGCAAAAAACAUUUGACUAAAGACGUAAGAGCCCGAGGAAAUAUGACGAAUGUGAAAUUAAAGCUAAUGUUCUACCUACUGAACGCACUAUUAUCGGCGGAUUUAGUACAUUCCAGGCCGUAUUCAGAUUUCAAUUCAACAGAUAGAGUAUCGAGUUUUUCUAAUCGCAGUCGAUUUAACAUACCAGUAGAUUCUAAUUCUGAUACUCUCAUAGUAGCAAAUGAGGAUGAAACGCCGGAAGAAACUCAUAAAAACUCACAAACUAACAUGGAAGCUAUAGUGACCGCUGAGCAGGAUAGAGAUGAGGCGUUCUCGAGAAAUAACAAACAAGACCAAAUUAGCAUACUAGAAAUACCGAACAACGAAGCGGGUGCUUUCGAAAAACAAUUAAACAUAUCAAGUCCUUUACUAGAAGAGAUGAUAGAUUCGGAGUCGGAUAGAGAAGAAACUCUGACAGAUAUACUCUUCAGACCUCAAUCUGAGUUUGUUAGCUCGCCUAGAUUUGAAUUCUUGAUCGCGGCCAAAAUUAAUGGCAGUGAAAACGGUACAUUCAAAGAUAGUGCAUUCAGUAUUAAUAAUUUAGAUAAGAGAUAUAGGAAUAGCACGGAUGUUUUGAGGAAAGUUGACUAUGUUGAGUUGGUUGAGGUUCUGAAGCCUUCGAAUACCAAUGAAAAUAAGAGUGCAUAUAAUCUAGCCAAUAUAACAGCUCAUAAUGUUGAAAAUGAUGUGGCUCCAGACACAAUUCUAUCCAUGUUUUCAGGUUUCACGGACAUGCAGACUCUGUUCCUGGCAUGCUUCGCAACCUUCCUGCCACUACUGACGGUUCUCUUCGCGACGCUUCUUAUCAGGUGUGCCGUGCGAAGAUGGUGCCCAAGUUGGUGUAAAGCAGAUACUAGCUCCUCCGCCUCCGUGAGCAGUGAUAAGCAGGAAAAUAAUCAUCAACAGCUGAAGUCUUCAGACGACGGUGGAACGGAUGGGGGAACACCACCAGCAAAUGGCUCCAUUUUCACCAUGACCCUCAAAAAUAAUCAUCUUAUCGUUGAAACGGAAGAAAGAAACGACAUAACCAAAAACGGUCGGGAAACGAAAAUGAAGUAUUCUCCAGAUAAUGAUGGUAUAUUCGUCGUUGAGGUCCAACAAUCGACGGCAUACAGACCCAACAACAAAACAAUCCACUGCUCUCCACACCACGACCCUCAGAUAUCCACCAAUCAGGCGCUAAUCCAUCGAGUACCUGAAGAGUUAGAUAGUAAAAUCAUCAUAGAAGAGGACAGUGAAAGAAGCAGUGGUAAGUUCGAGAAACAAGCCUUAGCGUUAUCAAGCACGGGUCUUUCAAUUUCCGACCUAAGUAUGUCUUCUAUAGGGUCGCAUAAUGUUAGCUACUCAUACAGCAGCCAAAUAGGUUAUGACCAAGGUCCUUUUGGGUACCCCAUAUAUGCUGGAUACGACACAUCUAAAGACGAUAUUGGUGAUGCGAUAAUACAUGAUAACUCCCAAGAACCAUUGAUAGGCAAAACACCAACGGAUCCAGAUAAACCAGUUGUCACAGCAGCUAUAUUUAAACAAGACUCCAUAAUAAGCAAUGAAGUUUUAAAAGGCCCUGGAUAUUGUAUUGAAGGAUCCACUGAUGGGCCAUUACUCUCUGAUGUGCAAGCUCGAGAGUAUAGCUUACAGCAUUUGCAUGAUCAUAAAGAAAAGAAGCUGGAAAACGGUGUUGCUGUACCCAUAACUGAUAGAGUUGAUACUAAAACUUUUAGUAGAGCUGAUAGUUUACCCAUGACUUUAGAAGAUGAGUCAGAAGUGAAGGUAAUGGAGACUAUUGCUGAAGAUAUACCGUCUAAGGACCAUUUGAAAGGUAAGAGAGCUUCUUUACCUGUUAUAACGACGGAUAUGUACGAGUCAGUGAAAGAAGUUAUCCAGACCGGAGCACCUAAAUUCGAAAAAUUUACCAACGAAAUGUCACCAGGAGAGAGCAGUUUUGACAGUCCUCCCAUGAUCACUAUAACGGAGGAAAGCGAAUCCUGCAAGUCUGAUAGCACCAGUUAAUUCAUCUCAAUUUUAUUGUAAAUAGGUGUAAGUAAUUAUGUGAUUUGAAGGUUCGAAGGAUAUUAAAAAAAUUGUAGAAGUCUAUAUGCAAUACCAGUA